UACAAGAAUUAAGUUCUAGCGGUAAGAUGGACAGUUAUUUUAAAGCAGCUGUCAGUGACUUGGACAAACUCCUUGAUGACUUUGAACAGAACCCAGAUGAACAAGAUUAUUGCCAAGGUGUUCAGAAUGCAUAUGAUUCUAACAACCGUUCAGUUCCUUCAGAGUUGGCUCCUUCACAGCCACCUUCACUGCUACCAAAGGACUGGCAAUGUGCUAGUGGUUAUGCCUCCUCAGAAACAUGCUAUGAAGCAAAUGAGGUUUCCUUCAGUGAAAAAGCACUCCAGGGGCUAACUUCUCUACAAAAUGAGAAAAAUGUAACAGGACUGGAUCUCCUUUCUUCCGUGGAUGGUGGGACUUCAGAUGGCAGCCAGCCUUUAUACAUGAGAUGUAGUAAACCCGUCUGUGACCUGAUAAGUGACAUGGGUAGCUUGGUUCAUGCAGCUAACAGUGAAGAAGAUAUUAAAAAAUUACUGCCAGAUGACUUCAAAUCUAGUGCAGAUUCUCUCACUGGAUUGGGUUCCUCUGCAGUUUCAGAUGGUGCCUCUGUCCCAUCACCAGACCAUGGGAAUGGUCCUGUCACAGGACAGAGUGAUAUGCGCUCUGACUUACAGAACAGAGAAAUUGGUGGUGCCAAAGAAUCGGGUAUAAAAGUAGAAACCACACUUUCAGAUGCUUGUCAAUAUGAUGGAACAGAAAAUGUAAAUGAUGGAAAGAUCUCUGGUCAGUCAGACCCAGUUGUGGACUCUAACAUUACCUCUGUUUUGACUCAGCAGAGCUCCAGAGUUUGUGAUUCCAAAGAUAAACUACAACACAAACACCCACCGGGUGAAUUACUAAAAGAUGAUGGCUGUUUGGUGAAACAGGAAAUAGAUUUGGUGAAAGAAGAAGUAGAUAUGAUGGUUGCAGCUGUCACUGAAUCUUUAAAAGAAGGAGGCAGUGCAAGUGCUUUGCCUUGCAAAAGUCUUCCAAAAAGUGAAAGUUUGUGCCUAAGUGACUCAGACUCAAGAGGUAAAAAUUUCAAAUUGCCUGACUUUUCCUCUCAGGAAGAUAGAACUGCUGUGUUUAUAAAACAGUCUGCAAAAGAAGACUCAAGAAAUUUAGACCUUGAAGUUAAUAAUGAUGCAAUCCAUGAUUCCCCAACAGCUCUCCGUGUUUCCGGUGAAGAUGCACCCUCCUCGUUGUCCUGUCUUCCAGUACCUGGCUCUUUGUGCAGCUCGUUCCUUGACAGUAAAGCACAUGGUGAUUGCUUACCUCAGGAACCCAAGGAUCAUAUACAACAUACAGGGGUGGUGCAUGAAGAAGCGCAGAAGAGCGCUGUUCUAGACAGGGAGCCAUUCAGGCAAACUGAUCUUAUGAAAGAGGGAAAAUGCAAAAGUACACUUCUUCAGCCAGAACAUGAGGAGACGGGAGAAGGAAAGGAAGAACCUGAGCAGACGGGAAUCGGAGCUGAGGCUUUGGGUGCCCCUGGUCCCACCGGUUCCUCCACAGCUGCAGGGCCCCAGCUGGAGCUCUUGGGUGCUGAUGCCCCAGGCUGUCAGGCUGGUUGUACGGGUCUCACUUUCGUAGGCAGUGACAUGGACGGGCAUGACUUAGACUACUUCAAUAUUGACGAAGGCAUGAAGAGCGGCUCACUCGUUAGUGAUGCUGAGCUGGAUGCCUUCUUGACAGAACAGUACCUUCAGACCUCUAACUUAACGUCUUUUGAAGAAAAUGUAAAUGACUCAAAAUCUCCUAUGAAUCAGAUAGAUAUGAAAGGCCUCAGUGCUGGAAAUGUGGACGAUAUUUAUUUCAAAGCUGAAGCAGGAGCCACCGGGGAAAGUGAUGGUAUUAAAAUGAUUUGUGAAACAAGUGAUAAACAAAAUACAAUAGAAAACAGUGUCCUUUGUGCACAGGAAAGAAGCACAGUUCCCAUUGAACCAGGGUCCCUUAGCUGCACACCUGAGAUGCCGAGUGAGCUACCGGUCUCUGAUGUUAGCAGCCGGCCUGUGCCUGUUGGAGGGGCUAGACCCAAGCAGCUCAUUAACCUUGCGUCACGAGCAAGGGUUUCAGACGAACAGAGUCAGCCAGAUGUUCCAAGUGCUCCAGAAGGUGGACCCUGCUUAGCAGAUGCCGUCAUGCCACCUCCGUGUCCUCCCAACUCUACAGCUGAUGCUCAGGCCAGCUUCAACUCUAACUACAUUGAUAUAGAAAGCAAUUUUGAAGGCAGGUCCAGCCUUCCAACUGCAAAUGAAGAUUUGCUGCCUGAAAACACUUGCAAAGAAGGCUUGGUUUUGGGUCAGAAACAGCCUAACUGGGUUCCUGAUUCAGAAGCUCCAAACUGUAUGAAUUGCCAGGUCAAAUUUACUUUUACAAAACGGCGACACCACUGCCGAGCAUGUGGGAAAGUAUUUUGUGGUGUCUGUUGUAACAGAAAGUGUAAGCUGCCAUAUCUAGAAAAGGAAGCGAGAGUGUGUGUAAUCUGCUAUGAGACGAUUAACAGAGCUCAGGCCUUCGAAAGGAUGAUGAGCCCCACCGGCUCUGGUCCUCAGGCUCAUCACCCUGGCGACUCUGCCACUGGCCCGCCCCUGCAGGAGACCCAGCCAACCAGUGUGCCUUCACCGACAGCUUUGCCCACCUCGGCUCUGAGACAGCCCAGCGCUGAAGGACUGGGCUCCAGAGAACAGAAGAGAGUGUGGUUUGCAGAUGGCAUCCUGCCAAAUGGUGAAGUUGCAGACACAACCAAGCUGUCAUUUGGAAGUAAAAGAUGCUCUGAAGACUGCAGUCCUCCCUCACCGGCUGUGCCCAUGGUGAUAGACACAGUGGAUCCUGCCUGUUCUGCCACUGUGGAGAAACCAAACAGUAAGCUAGGAGACAGUUCAAGAAACGAGAGCACUGGGAGUCUUAUUUGCCACGCGCCAUCUGUGGAAAAACUGCCGGCGAACACAGGAACUGAUGAGUUACCUACUGCUUCUCUUUCCCUGGAUGAUGAUAUUUUUGCAGAAAUUGAGGCACCAUCCGAUUCUCUGGAUGUCACAGUUAACAGCAUUUUACCCGUGGCUGGUGUUUCAGAUUAUGGGUUACUGUGUCAUGUUGACAGGCACAUUAGCAGGAAGAUCAGUCUCUUACCUGACGAUGAGCAUGGUUUGCCCCCACUUCUGUGUGCUUCUGGAGGACAGGGAUCAGCGCCUGUGGUAGAAGAGCAUCCAUCUCCUGAGCAGAUCAGUUCGCUGCUUCAGAGUGAAGGAUCUCCUCCUGCCACCUUUGUCUUAAACGCGAAUCUGCUUGUGAAUGUCAGAUUAAUAUUUUAUUCGUCAGAUAAAUACUGGUACUUCUCAACCAAUGGAUUGCAUGGCCUUGGACAGGCAGAGAUUAUUAUUCUGUUGUUGUGUUUGCCAAAUGAAGACACAGUCCCCAAGGACAUCUUCCGGCUGUUCCUCACCAUAUACAGGGAUGCGCUCAGAGGAAAAUACAUAGAAAACUUGGACAGUGUUACCUUUACUGAGAGUUUUCUCAACAGCAAGGAUCAUGGAGGAGUCCUAUUUAUUACACCUACUGUUCAGAAACUGGAUGAUCUCCCAUUGCCCAGCAGCCCUUUUCUGUGUGGAAUUCUUAUCCAGAAGCUGGAAAUUCCUUGGGCAAAGGUUUUUCCUAUACGUUUAAUGUUGAGAUUAGGUGUGGAAUAUAAAGCAUAUCCUGCUCCUCUAACAAGUAUUAGAGGACGAAAACCUCUUUUUGGAGAAAUAGGACAUACUAUUAUGAACUUACUUGUCGAUCUUCGAAAUUACCAGUAUACCUUGCAUAAUAUAGAUCAGCUGUUGAUUCAUAUGGAAAUGGGGAAAAGCUGUAUAAAAAUACCUCGGAAAAAAUACAGUGAUGUGAUGAGGGUGCUGAACUCCUCCAACGAGCACGUCAUCAGCAUCGGAGCCAGCUUCAGCGCUGACGCCGACUCCCACCUGGUCUGUGUGCAGAGCGCGGGAGCCUACCACACCCAGGCCAGUGGCGCGCCCGGCCAUGCACGCAGAGUGACAGGUGCGAGUUUUGUGGUGUUCAGUGGUGCUCUGAAGUCAUCUUCGGGAUUUCUUGCCAAGUCCAGCAUAGUUGAAGACGGCUUAAUGGUGCAGAUAACUCCAGAGACCAUGGAUGGCUUGAGGCAAGCUCUGCGAGAGCAGAAGGACUUUAGAAUUACCUGCGGGAAAGUGGACGCAGUAGACCUGAGAGAGUACGUGGAUAUCUGCUGGGUAGAUGCUGAAGAAAACGGAAACAAAGGUGUUAUCAGCUCGGUGGAUGGAAUCUCAUUGCAAGGAUUUCCAAGUGAAAAAAUAAAACUGGAAGCAGAUUUUGAAACAGAAGAGAAGAUUGUAAAGUGCACUGAGGUGUUCUACUUUCUAAAGGACCAGGAUUUAUCUGUGUUGUCAACUCAUCAUCAGUUUGCGAAAGAAAUCGCCAUGGCUUGCAGUGCUGCCUUGCGCCCUCACCUGAAGACUCUAAAGAGUGGCGGGGUGAACAGGGUCGGACUCAGAGUCUCCAUCGACACAGACGUGGUUGAAUUUCAGGCAGGCUCUGAAGGCCAACUGCUGCCUCAGCAUUACUUGAAUGCCCUGGACAGUGCCCUGAUCCCUGUGAUCCAUGGGGGAACCGCCAGCUCGACUUUGCCAUUGGAAAUGGAAUUAGUAUUUUUCAUUCUGGAGAAUCUGGUGUAGUGAGAGGAUGAGCCAUGUCAGGUACUGCAGACUGAUCUGUCAGAACUAACCCAGCACUGAAAGUGAAGUGCCACAAACACUACAUGUUUGAUGUUGGAAACACUUAAGCUUUGCUUUUCAGACAGAAAUGACCUAUUAAAAUCACACUAUUUAAAUAUCUAAAUUUAAAGUAUCCACCAUGUUUGAAGCUUUACAUUAAUACAAGCACUAAAAAGACAAGGACUUCUACCUUUAAGAAACUAAUAGCAUUUACUGUGUUCUUUCAAUGUUAAGCCAAAGUGUAUGCACUUAGUUAUACCUCUUCAUGCCAAGAAAGAUUUUAAUGAAGGCUCUUUGCACAUGUAACCUUAUGAAGGAAAUACCUGCUUGUGUAAAAGCUAGUGAGAACACUGGCUUCUAAAGUUUGUUUAAAAUGUAUUUCAACAGCAUAGACCAGUUUCAAGAUCUUAGGCUUAUAGUUUUUUAAUAAAGCUAAUAACUUAUUUGUAUAAUUGGAGUGGAGACCUACUUCCAUGAUUAGAGAAAUUCUGAUUGUUUGGAUUAAAGUCAGAAUUUUGCCUUUUUUCUUCUCAAAUUAUAAUAUAAGUGUAUAUGGUUUUUCCUGAUUAAAUGGAUAUUAAAAUAAUUGUGGGUGCUUCAGGAUUUUGUGCUUCUAUAUUUAAGUACAUUGUUUUUAUAGCAACAUGUGAUUCAGAAUGUGUUUUAUAAAUCUUUAAUAAUUUAUAAAUAGGUAAUAUUUUUGUAUCACAGUGCAUUAUUUUUCCUCUUUUUUUCCAAAGUGUAUCAGUGUAUUUGCCACUUGUAAGAGCGAUUGACGGCAGGCCAGUGGACCUUGAAGUAGUCAGUACGAAGCAAUAAUCGAAGCCUGAAACAGGUUUUUUUUUACUUCAAUGUUAAUCCUUAGAAAUUUCUUGGCAAGUCUACAUAUUUUUAUUGAUACCAUGAAUGAAUAUAAAUUUUAAUGAAGUAACCACUUUUGCAUAUUUUAAAUUCUUUAUGUGGUGGUUAUUUUUAUAAUAGGAUAUUUAACAUAAGUUGUAUGUACUUGAAACUGUUACAGAGCUUCUCUUUUUACUUCAAAUAGGAAAAAAAUGGCAUAUAUUAGUCCUGUCAUUUAAGUUAUAUAAAAUCUAAUCAUUAUUUGUUGCCUUUUUCUAGCCCUGUGUGGAAUAUAUAGGUUUUUUUGUAUCAGAAACACUCACUGUAUAUCUAAAGAAAAAGAAAAUACACUAAAUAGCCCUGUUAUAAGAACAUCUCAACUUUUAGAUCAUAUCAAGGCUGUCACACAGGAUCUGCAGUCUCGGGCUAGGAGAGACAAGAAGUUUCAUCCAUUUCAGCAUACAGUCUGUACUGAAUCAUACCUGUCGUCCUAGCCAAAGACACAGUUCAGGAGAGAAGAUCAGUCUUCUGGAAAUUGCUCCUUCAUAAACAGUGUACAAUGUUACAGAGACUAAGUACAAUGGCAAUAUAUAACUUGUGGAAUUUACUGAAAUGGUUUAAGAUAAAGACAGUUGCAUAUCAAAGUCUGUUUUCUUUAUAUUGUGUGUUUAUUUUUUAGUGUAGUAGAAAUGUCUUUUGUAGUAUAACUGCACAAUUUAGGAAUAGUGACUAUACCUUAAACAACCAGUGGGGGAAGGCUGUUCCUUGAUAGGGUAAUAAGGUCUCUCUGUACAAUAAAAAUUUGAAUUAAUGGGGCACAUGUUAGAGUGUUCUUUGUGAUGUGUAUUUGUAUUGCAUUGCUCCUCAUUAGGUCAUGUUAUUCACAUUGGAACUGAAAUUUUAGGUCUUGUAAAGGUGAAGAAAUAGAAUGGCUCUCUUACUCCAUCUACAGUGAUCUUGUUUUGGUUUUAUGCCUUAUACUACAACUCCUUCUAAAUUUUGAAAUCAAAGUAAAAUAUAGCCCAUUUGGGGCCAGGG